AUGGCCUUUUCACAAAAACUCCAGCACAAUCCGCAGGUACCGAGAGAUAUCUUUGCAUCCUUACAGGACUUCCCUAAACGGUGCCAUCAGGACCACCAUCAUUAUCGACAUCAUCAUAGUUAUCACCAUCGACAGAAGCAGCAGCAGCGGCGGCGGCGGCGGCGGCGGUCGCAUGGUGUCCCUCUAGUUAUUCUCAUCACCUUAGUCACCUUAGUCACCAUCUUCAUCUCGUCAUCAGUCCUACUUUUGCCAGUACAGGCUGUAGCCUUCGAGGUCUUGGUCACUAAACCUUCAACGCGCGUCACCGACGCCAGCUCUUCUACAAAGCUCCUAAAUAGCGAGAAUAAAGGCAACAAAACGAGCAGAGUCUUGGCGGGCUCUAAUGGCAAUCCUUUCAAAUCCAAAUACCUUGGCAAUGCUAUUGUGACGAAUGCAAAGAACUUGGGCUAUUCGGGUACAAUUGUUUUGGGCAACAAUCCCCCGCAACUGUUCGAAGUAGUUUUUGAUACUGGUAGCGACAUGAUUGUGGUCACAUCAGACCAUUGCAAAGGUUUACAUUGUGACGAUAUGGCUCACUAUAAAUGUUCCUCAUGUUCUCGAACGCCUUAUUCCUAUAAUAUCACUUAUGGCGAUGGGACUUGGGGUAGUGGGCCCAUUGUUUCAGACUCAGUCUCGAUUGGCGGCCUGGUCAUUCAUAACCAACAAAUUCUGGAUAUCACACGGAGGCUGAUGCCUAGCUCCCCCAUCAAGAACGCCAUCCCACCACUAGCUACCAUCUUCAAAAGCAAACUUCUGGAUAUGAACGUGUUCUCGGUCUAUUUAACACCGGUACUAGACCGAAAUCAAGGUGGAUCUUUUCUAUUUGGUGGAGUCGAUCGAACCAAAUAUGUUGGCGAGUUGAAUCAGGUCCCUAUUUCGAUUGCUCCGGGUGUUCGUGAGGGGAUAUGGUAUGUGGAAGCUGACAAUGCGUAUGUAGGGGAUACUCCUGUGACUGGAUAUACACAAUCACCCUGGCUAUUCGAUACAGGCACAUCUUUUAUUGCAGUUCCUUCAAGCUUUGCAGAGGAAUUUCAUGCUAAUAUCCCAGGAUCGGCCUAUUCGGAAGCGGAUCGGGUCUAUACGUUACCUUGUGAAGGGAACCAUACAUUUGGGAUCUCAUUCAAUGGUAUUAAAUACGAGGUGCCAUACUCGGAUUAUAUCGCUGUUGCCAGCAGUAGUGACGAUGGAGGAUCUACUAAUGCAUCGCUCUGUGUAUCACUGAUCAUGUUCGGAGACUAUGAUAUGUAUAUUCUAGGAGAUCCUUUCCUAAGACAGGUGUAUACAGUAUAUGACUUUACGCCAGGUGCAGGCAGGAUAGGUUUGGGCAAGAUUAAUGUGACGAGUGUGUCCUUGGGGAUCGAAGGUUUAUCGGGAAGUCCUGUUCCAGGGGGCACCAUCAUCACGCCCGUCAAGGACAAAUCUUCAUCUGCAAAGAGCCUGCUCUUUGAGCCCAGAUUUAAGUUUAAGCUCGACAUUAGCGCGAACUUGAUGACCACACUCGCCAGCUUGAGUAUCUUUAUUAUAACUACGACCUUCAUUAUAUCUGCCUAA